GCUGCCGAUACAAUCCUUAAGCCGCCUGAAAUACUAAUACUGACUGGUAGAAGAAGAGGUAGAGCCCAGCCUCUGAUCGGUCGAAGCGUUCGCAGCUAGGAGCUCGCACACAUGGCGAACGAGGGGCUGAAGCCGGUGGCCGGCCUCCUCCUGAUGCUCAACUUCUGCAUGUACCUCAUCGUCGCCGCGGUCGGGGGCUGGGCCAUCAACUUCGCCAUCAACAACGGCUUCUUCAUAGGUUCCGGGCUGGAGCUGCCGUCGCACUUCUCUCCGAUCUACUUCCCGAUAGGGAACGCGGCGACCGGGUUCUUCGUCAUCUUCGCCGUGAUCGCCAGCGUGGUCGGCAUGGGGGCGGCGCUUGCCGGAUUCCACCAUGUCCGGGCGUGGAGCCACGAGAGCCUGCCGGCGGCAGCCUCCUCUGCGUUCAUCGCCUGGAUGCUCACGCUGCUUGCCAUGGGAUUGGCAGUCAAGGAGAUUGACCUGAACGGCAGGAAUGCUAGACUGAUAACCAUGGAGGCUUUCACCAUCAUACUGUCGGGGACGCAGCUCUUCUACAUACUCGCUAUACACGGAGGGAGGUGAAGGGCCAGCUCAAGUGGGCAAGAGAUCGACUACCGAUGGAAUAUUAGCUUCCAAGCGUGAUGAUUCAAGGCCGAUAUAUCAACUACAACUAGGCGAGCAUUGGUUCACGGCCGGGUUGCAUGUAUACAUCUUUGAUGUGGUGUUCAAAAAUUGUGUAUCGUGUGUUUAUUGCUGAGGCGGAAAUGCACUUGUGCAUGUGUGAGUGUGUGUGUGUGUAUGUACGUUGUGUGCGUUAGCGUUAGAUGCGUGUUCAGAUUUCCGCGUGAUUUGUUGAUUGGAAACCAUAUAUGAAGCUAUUGUAUUCAUUUGAUUUGAGUAUAUCAUCUUUUUUACGGAAAA